UUCCCUUCCUGCACGAAUAGUGUGACAAAGCAGAGGCAGCCGGGGAACGCAUUCAGCAGUAGCGCCUGCACUGCUAAGCUGCAUUCUCGCAACAGAUCUGGGGCAAGAGGGCAGCAGGCCAUGCAUAAACACAACUAGGGGAGAUAAUGGUGCCCAGCUACUCUUAGGAACUGAAGAGCUAUAGUUGUCCAUGUUUCACUGCUAGACAGUCUCUGGUUUUGCUAACAGAGGGCAGAGGAACUUGUGUUUUCUUAAUAUAAUAGGCUCCAAGUUUUUUAUUCAUCAACUCAUUUUUUUUUUUCAAACAUGGGGUGCUCCUCGUCCAGUGCACAGACUGUUGAUCAAGAGAAAAGACCAGGUACAAAGCCAGAGGAAAGCAAUGGAGAUACAGUGGCACUCAGAAACGGUAUCAUCCCAGAAGAUGCACAAACCAUUGAGGACCAGAUGCAGUUGCCUGUGCAGACUGCCUUACCAGACGAUCUUCAACCGGGAGCCGAUGAUGAGGCGGAGGCCGUGUUGGUAGCCCUGGAGGCCCAGGAGGAUCUUGGCUCUGGGGAGGACCUCCUGACUGCUCCUGAGCCUCUGCCAGAAUCUGCUGCCCCUGCAGAGCCAGCCCCAGAGGCCGCUGCUCCAGCGGAGGCUGCUGCUCCAGCGGAAGCCGCUACGAAACUUGAGGCUGCUGUAGCUUUGGUGGAGGCACUUCCCCCUGUGGAAGAAGCUGCCGCUGUAGAAACUGUAGUGGUUGAGGCCGCUCCGGAGGUCCAAGCCCUUGUUGAGGCUACAGUGGAGGCCCCUUCUGAUGAAUCUGUUGUAGCUGUGCAGGCAGAGACCCCUGCUGUUGUUGAGGAGGUGGCCGCUGAGGCAGUAGAGGCCUCUCCUGAAGUUGCCACCCCUGCGGUUGAAUCUGUUGUAUCAGAGCCAGCAGAGGCCUCUCCUGAAGUUGCCACCCCUGCAGUUGAAUCUGUUGUAUCAGAGCCAGCAGAGGCCUCUCCUGAAGUUGCCACCCCUGCGGUUGAAUCUGUUGUAUCAGAGCCAGCAGAGGCCUCUCCUGAAGUUGCCACGCCUGCUCUUGAACCUGUUGUAUCAGAGCCAGCAGUGGUCCCAGUGAUUGUGGAAGAGGCAGCAGCUGUAGCGGCUGAGGGCCCUGCUGAAGUGGCUGCUCCUGUGGAGGCAGAGGCUCCAACUGACAAUGCUGCACCAGCUCCUGCCUCAACAGCACAAUGUGAAUCCUCAGAACCAGGUGAAGUUUCAGCACCAGCACUAAGUGAGGCCUCAGCACCAGCUGAAGCGGUAGCCCCAAGUGAAGUUUUAGUAUCAGACGAGGCUUCUGCACCAGGUGAAGCUGCAGCCCCAGGUGAAGCUGCAGCCCCAGCUGAAGCUGCAGCCCCAGGGGAAGCUGCAGCCCCAGGGGAAGCUGCAGCCUCAGUGGAAGCUGCAGCCCCAGGUGAAGCUGCAGCCCCAGCUGAAGCUGCAGCCCCAGCAGAAGCUGCAGCCCCAGGGGAAGCUGCAGUCCCAGUGGAAGCUGCAGCCCCAGCGGAAGCUGCAGCCCAAGCUGAAGCUGUAGCCCCAGGUGAAGCUGCAGCCCCAGUUGAAGCUGUAGCCCCAGGUGAAGCUGCAGCCCCAGGUGAAGUUUCAGCACCAGAUGAGGCUUCAGCACCAGGUGUCUCAGCACCGGCUGAAUCGUCAGCACUCAUAGAGGCAGCACAGCUUCUUAUAGAUCCAAAGAUUGCGGCAGCAACUAUUCCAGAGUUGCCUCCAUUAUCUCCAGUCACUGUUGAGGCCCAAACUGAGCCUCAGAAGGCCGUUGAGGAGGCAACAGCACCUCCAGCAGCAACAACUGUGAGCUCAGAGUCUGCGGCAGCACCAGUGGAGACUCCUGUGGUUAAAUCCACCCCAGCUGAAGCACCCUCGGCACCAGCCCCUGAGCCCUCACCUGAAGUGGUGUCUGCAACUGAGGCCUCUCAGGAUACAGACAGCGUGAAAGCCAAAAAGGAAGAUUGAGUCGACUGAAGAGAUGCACCAAAAUAACUAAACCCCCAAAGCUACCAUUGCACGGAAACUGGAAGAAAAACAAGACAAAGCAAUAAACGCUACAUUUUCAGUAUUGUCAUCAGCACUUACCAAACUGUACACCAGAUAUGUUAAUAUGCAUGGUGCCUUGAUAACAUGUCCUUUAGGACAUUUUUCCUACAUUUGUAAAUAUAAACCUUUUAUUAUGUUUUUCUAUUGAGACCUUAAGUGCCUGGAGCCACAUACAGUACUCCACACGCAGGCCUAUGCAGAAAAAAAGCCUAUAAAAACACUUAGAUGAGACAAGAGGGUGCAAUACUCUGUGAAAUCUGUGAACUCUUGUGAGAGUGUGAUUACUUCUGCUUCUGAGGAAUACAAGCCAAACGCAACUGUGAAUAAAAUUAUGCAAAGAGUUUAAGGUGACACAAACACCAAACCGGGUGGAUGAACACACCAACUAGGUUUACACUGCCAGCCUAAUUUUGUAUCCCCUAUAUUGAACUGAUUUUAAAGUAUGACAUUUUCACAGAUUGAAUUUUUAGGUUUUAUUAAGUCUAAUUUCUGCCAUAAAUCCACAUUUCUAAUUGGUGUUUUAACAUUAUUUAAUUAAAGCCUUUCUAAUAAGGUUCAUUUAAUUAAUAGGAAUGACAAUACUAAAUGUUAUGUAACAGUGUGGACAGUGUAAUACUGAUAAACACUACUGUAAGUCAAAUCUGUGUUUCUUUUCUGUUUUAAGUAAGAAAGGAAACAUGCAUGCAGAUGAUCAGAUGCAUAUACAAAAGAUUAGUAAUGACAUAAUCAUUGCCAGGUUGAGGAUGCAGAUGAUAACCCAAGUUCUGAUAUGUCGUCUUGCUGUUCCAUGAAGCCAUUUUGUGAAGCAGCACCGCAGCUGGCAGAUGUUCAUUUAAUUAUCUUUCUGAAAAUGAAGGCGUUUCCAACUAUAAAUUCAACAACGCAUUCUCACGAACGUGGUCGUAUGAUAUCGUACAAAAACUUGUUCACACCCAUUCGUAUGAUAUCCUACGAGAUUAGGUGACCGCUGCUUGGUCACGUGACAACCGGUCACAUGGCAGUUAAAUUUAGCCAACAAAAGGUGACUUUUGAGCACUGUGACACUGUGAGCUGCCGGUCAUUUCAACAGCCUUUACAGUUAAGUUUAGCGGCGGUGACAGUUAAGUUUAGGCACCAAAACAACUAGUUGCAUGGGACACGAGAACGCAUUUCCUGGGUGCAUGUCUUGUGUUUUCCCCGGGACGCAAACUCUGCUCCACGGCCUAAAAGCCCUGUGUUUUAUGAUUUAUUUUUUAUGACAUCCAGCAGCAGUCAAUGAGGUGCAUAUAGCAAAAAAUACUGUGAAUACAUAUGAAUUAAAGUGCUCUACUUUUCGUAGCGAUAUGUACGAAUGUUGGAUGAAAACAGCCUAAUUCAAAGGCCUCUUAAGGCCUAGCAACGCUGAUGACAUAUGCACAUUGGUUUUGGUUUGCGUGCAUUACAUACAUGUGUCGCACAUUAAGAGAUCGCCUAGGACAUGAUUUUUUAAUUAUUAGUUCUUAGUCUAAGUUCUUAGAAAAUUAUUUCAAUUGUGUAAGAUGUGAUGUACGGAAGUGGAGAAUGGCCGUGCUUUAAAUUAUUGUUUUAAUGCCAUUAUCUCAACAAGAUCACAAGUUAAUAAUUGGAUUUUGGUUUUUUCGAGAUCACGGGAUAAUUAUCCCGAGGUAACGAAAUAAUUAACUUGUGAUCUCGAGACAACCGCGUUAAAAAAAUAACAAUUGCAUGCGCGACCGUGCUCGGCUUUUGUAGUGAUGGAUAUUGUGGGAACAAAUUUGUUUUGAUGUCUAUCUUUUUUCAUCCGUUUCUUUCUCUGUAAUAUAUUCCUUAUCUGAGCUUUGUCUAUGAUUCUGCUAACCUAGUGUACAGAAUAAAGUUUGAAUCACUAAUA